AUGGCGUUCCCGUUGGAAGCGAUGCAGGUGCUCUCGACGUUGCAGAGCAUACACGACAACGGGUCCCAGCUGCUGCCCCCGAUCACCUUCCUGAUGGCCCGCCACCUCCACGGCGCCCUCGACCCCCACCCUCGGGCCGUCACCAACAACACCCGCAAGAAGAAGCGACGGCUGCGGCCCCCGCCGCCCCAGGCACCGCCGCCGCCAGAGCCUACGGCUACCAAAGGGAAACUGGCCCCUCUGGACACCGAGAACUCGGUGCUGACCAUUGAAGACGUCCCCAUCCUCGCUGACCAAUACACUAUAGACGAGCGCCAGCAGCGUCCGGGGCUGGCCGAGGGCGAAAAGCUGGGCAAGUUCGCCAUUCCUAAGUUCUUUAAAGGCCGUACCGACGACACUGACAGUGAUAGUGACAUCGACGACGGCGAGAUCAAGAUUCUCCCCGGGAUCGGCGACGAGAACACCGAUGACGACGGCGACCUCACCGAGAAGGAUACGCUGAUGGCGGUACCUUAUUUCGGCACCGACGAGUCGUCUCACCCGCCCGCAGAGCCGCGUCCCCGUCGCAGCCGCCGCCGCAUGCUGGACUUGCUGGCGUUGCUGGCCAACCUGGACUUCGGGGUGUGGGUCGACAAGAACGGCAACCCCGUGCGUAAAAUCGACUCCAACGAUGCGUUAGACGAAGACCUGGGCAUCACCGAGGACUCAAUGGACGAUGACGACUCGAUGGUGCUGCUGGAUCUGGCAUUCACCGACAUCGACGCCCUGCUGAUGAUGCUGCUGCUGGCCCUCCCCGAGCUGUUUAUCGGCGACCUGGGGGCGUUUGACUUCGGUAAGCAGAAGAAGAAACCGUUUAGUGAUACCUAUCUGAGGACGCUGACACUAUCUCGGCCUCAUCAACCUAGUUACAGUGCUAAAACCGUCCACCGGGAGCGGCUGACCGCAUCAUUACGCAAACCUACUCUCCAUUUUGAAAAAGUGGACGUAAAGGCACCGCUGACGCUUCUGUCCCUUAGCAGUAUCAUCCACGCUAAGUUGAGUGCCAACACCUCCAAUCCGCUCAAUUACUACGCGUUUGUCAAUUCUGGCGACGGUAACAAAAUGGCCACCAUCGGUAUCUUCAUUCCGCCGCAAGAGAAUGUUGUGCUUACGAUUGAAGCCAAUGAGAACGUGGCAGUGGCCGAUUGCAUCGGCUACGUUUUGCUUAAGUUGACGGAAAAGGGUGAGAAGCUCUCGCUGAUCAACCCCAACCAUUGGCAGCUUGAGCUUGUUGAUGAGGAUGGCGAGGAAUACGGUGCGUUUGGCUUGCUUAACCGGACGAAAGCCCUCGCUUCCUACAACAACCCGCCGUACUUGGGGCUUAAGCCGGUGUUAUCGGAGGCUGACCGACAGAAGAACGAUCAGGCGACGCCGCUCGCGAUGGAGUUCAAGAACAACCUAGCCGCCAUCGAGCUGCGCAAAACGUCAAUGGUGAAUAUGGGUGCUGAUGAGCAUCUGCGCUCAGUAUUGCGGGUGCUCGUCGAGAACGAUCUCAAAUUCAUCUACGUGCAUCCCGAAGAUACCUUGGGAGCGGUGCUCCAGCAAUACUGCGCCCGCGAAGGCCUAGACUAUAACAAGUACAAGUUCCGAGAGAUCGACAUGCCGGCCAUGCCCAAUAAGGUCGCCAGUUUGUUGCUGCCGGUGCACCACGAAGCGGCGCUGACGGGACGAUAUUUUGGCGACGACGACCGGGUGGCGGACGUUGCGCAAAACGCCGUGGAGUUGGUUUUAGUGGGCCGGAACAACUACAACCUGCAAAUUACGCCGGGGCUGUACAUGCACCUUACUCCCGCCGCAUCCGAACUCCGAGACAAGCUCAAUAGCACCGCGGUUACCCCGGUAGCCGCCCAGCGGAAACGUCAUUCGACAGCUCCCAGCCACCGCAAAACGAGCACAAAGUACUCGCUUGACGAUUUUUUCAAGCAGACGGAGCUGUCAAACUUGCUGGGGGCGUUAUGGUACAAAUGGCGGGUAUGGCGGAAAAAGCCGACGAUGCUUAACAAAAUCGAAAAGCUGUUGAUCGUCGACGGAGAUUACAUCCACUUGGCGCCUCUGGAAGAACACCAAGACCACAUGUUUCUCCCCGGCCACGACCACCACCAUCUUAGCCACUACAACUACUCCAAGUUCUACAAACAGAUGCUGGAAAAGACGCUGUCGUUCCAUGUGGCGCAUUUGCUUAAGGUUAAACAAAACGCAAAGCUGCCCAGCCACCUCAAAAUAGUGGUGAAGAAAGUCAGCAAGGACGAAACCAAAGACAUCAAAAAGAAGUAUUUUUUGGAGGCGGAAUCCGAGCUGCAGUGCAAAGACAUCAUUGACAAAUUGCAUUACGCCCAGCAAAUGUACUCGCUCUCUCAGAUGAAUGGAUAG